UAAAGGCUGAAAAGAAGCAUCCCUCCGGCUUAAUUUAUGACCGGUUCCAUAAUCGCAAUAAGAAGAAACUUAUUAAGGUUAAAUCCGAAACCGACAAGGAAAAUAUUUUCUGUGGAGUGAAGGCUGCUGCACUACAGCUAUCUGAAGACGAUAUCACAACGCAAACAACGCUUAAAAACUGGUUGCGCAACAACUUUGCCCCAGCAGAAGAAGUUCAAUUGAAGUGGAAAAACUCGAUCCUUUUGCGAUUACGAUCAAUUAUCAACGAAUGUGAUGUUGAAAAGUCCAACAUCCUUUCUGAGUGGCCCAGGUUCGUUGAUGAAGGUGGAUAUUUACUGAUUGAUUCGGACUUUGAGCACCUGUUUGGAAACUGUGAAAAACUGUUCGAUAAUUGGGAACUGUUUGCGAAGAAAUUUCUAAACUACAUCCGAAGCAGUGAAAUCAAAGAUGACCGCUCCCAACAACUCCUGAAAUAUUUAGAGGAAUCAGCUGUUUGUCAGGAUGGUCGUGAUUUAAUACUAUGCUAUGCAUUUCAAGCGCUUAUUAAGCCAACGCGACGAUCUGGUGGAAAACUUCCUACCAUCUUAGAAGCUUAAUUCGAUGUCUGCUGCCUUUGUGAAGCCAACGAAGAAUACACCGAUGACUUGAAAUCACUGCGUCGAGAUUGCGAAGGAGCGAAAAUUCAGAUGACACCACGCAUUUAUGCUAUUGGCUGCCUUGAAAACAUCGAGGCGUUUUACGUCGUAACAGGAAAGUUCGAGUAUAAAUUGCCAUCGUUCCUGCGUUGCCUAGAUGUCAUCGUUAAGCUGAAGCACGUACUCGAUUAUCGUUUUCCAGAAAGUUGCGAGGCAUUCUGGUGCUUCAUAACUCGAUACUUUUACGGUAUCGACUACAAAAGGAAGUCGAAGAACAACCAACUUCUUCAAUUGCUGACGUAUUUGGAAGCACACUGCAAAGAAGACGAGUAAUGGAUUGCUAUCUCUGUUCAACAUUUUUCCAAGCCAUCGACAGUUUAAUGAAACACCUUAAAAUCGAGCAUGGAACGCCGGCGAUAUCAAAUUAUAAGUGCACUGCAUGCAAGCCUGCUGCACUUUUCAAAGACGUGCAUAGAUUUAGGCGUCACGUUAGUGCUUGCCAUCAUAGCCUAUUUCAGGCUAGAAGCGUAACAUUGGAAAAGUCAGGAACUCAACAUGAAAAAGAAAAACUGUUGCCUUCAAUUGAACCCGCUCCGAUGAUACCUGAAAACGAAAAAGAAUUUGAAAAUACUAUCGAGAAUGAGGAUAUUGCUAUUGAAGUAAAAAGUAAAGAAGAGAAAAUACUAGAAAUAAGAAGUAAAUUAAGAGAGGUAUUUUUAAGCUUCACGGUAAAUCUACAUGGUAAAAAAAAUCUAAGCAGAAAAGAUGUUAUCGAAUUACAAAGAAAUAUAACUGAAGACAUUGUAAUACCAAUAUUAGAUGCUCUAAAUGAAGUAGUAGAUAUCAAAAAGAAUGCAGCAAAUAUGGAGCUUUUGAAUGAUUUACGCGAUCCAAUUAAUUUUAUUUGCACUGAGCGAAGAUUAAACACCCAAUUAGAAAUAUUGAAUAUGCGAGAGUCCCCUCAAAUUAUUCAUUAUGAAGACGAAGAUAACAACAUUAUAUCAAAGGGUUGUCUAACACCAAUCAAAUUUCAACUUAAACAGUUUUUCGAGACGGGAUCAAUUUUCGAACAAACUAUGGAUAACAUGAAGGAACUGGAGCAAACUAAUGGGAUAUCGAAUGUUGUCAAUGGAACUUUGUGGAAAACAGUUAAACACAUGUUUGGUCAAAAAGUGGUGAUACCAUAUUUUCUAUAUUCCGACGAGGCAGAGUUAAACGAUGCAAUAGGUGCUCACUCAGGAAUCCACAAGGUUUGUGGACUUUAUUACAGUUUACCAACUAUUCCGUCACAUUAUUUGUCACGACUUAGUUGUACUUUUGUCGCUGGAUUCGUUAAAGCGUCCGAUAUUGCGAAAUAUGGACCUUCAAGUGCUUUGAGCGAUCUUGUGGAUAUUUUGGUUGAGCUUGAGCAAAAUGGAAUCGAAUUGAUAAUACAUAACAAGGCAGUGAAAGUUUAUUUUGUUCUAAUGGGUAUACUAGGUGACAAUUUAGGUAUCAACUUGUUGAUGGGGUACGUUACUUCAUUCAAUUCUCUUUUGUACUGCAGAUUUUGUAGACUUGAUAAGCAUAAGUGUCAGAAAUCAGUAAUCUUGGAUGAAAACAUGAAUCGGAAUAAGGAGUCAUAUUCAAUAGAUCUAACAAAAACGGUAAAAGAAUCUGGAAUCAAAGAGGAAUGUGGAUUCAACAGGUUGCAAUAUUACCAUGCUGGAGAGUUCGUUGCAGUGGAUAUGAUGCACGAUUUUUUUUCACAUGGUAUAUGUGCUUAUGAUUUAUCUUUUGUUUUAGACUAUUUAAUUAACACGCUAAAAAUUUCACUAAAUGUAAUUAACUAUCGUAUAAAAAUGUUUAAUUACGGUAGCACAGAAAAACAAAAAACAUUGAGGACAAUUACGCAGAAACAAAUCAAAACAUCCUCGUUUAAAAUGACUGCUCGAGAGAUGAUGCUUUUCGUUCGUUAUUUUCCGUUAAUUUUCGGGAAUUUGAUUCCGCAAAGUGAUAGAAUCUGGAACUUCAUGAUGUCCUUGGUAGAACUAUCAGAUAUAGUAAUGCUUCCAUGUUUUGAUUUGGAAAUGUUAGAGGUACUCCAAGAACAAAUUAUUUAUCACCACACGCUUUAUCAGAAACUAUUCGGUGCGACAUUGAAACCAAAAUUUCAUAUAUUGUUGCAUUACGUCGAUGUUAUAAAAAAAAAUCGGACCUCCGAAGUAUACUUGGAGUUUUAGGUUUGAAGCUAUGCAUCAAAUAUUCAAACAAUAUAGUCGUAAUAUAACUUCACGAAAAAACAUAUGUCUCACACUGUGUAUAAAAGCUCACAUGUAUUUCAUGCAUAAUAUGGAAGACUGGUCAAAUAAUGAUCAAAAAGUCACGUUUAAAAAUGCUGUACGUAUAAAAGUGCCUGAAUUACCAUAUUAUAAUUCCUUGUCUUGCAAAGAAAGUCUGACGUCUGACGAAUACCAUGCUUGCAGAGUAGCAAUUUAUAAGGGCACAGAGUAUAAAAUAGGAGAUUUCGUCACUAAAUCAGAGCAUAAUAUGCGUAAUAUUGAUCUCUUCGAAAUUAAAGAUUUACUUGUGUUCAACGAUGAAUUAUUCUUAACGUGUAUGGAAUGGGUAGUUGGUGAUUAUUCAUAUCAUUUUGCAUCGAUUGAGGUACAUGAAGGUGAAUCAAAUCUAAAAGUUUAUAAUAUAUAUUUGACGGUCCGCCAAUUAACGUGUACGAAAUUGAUAUGAAGAAGUUUAUUAGGCUUAAGAAAUUUUUUGUAUAAAUAUUUGAAUAAAAAUUAUUGCGUAUGAACGAAGCAACUAGCCUUUUAACCAUCGAUUUAGAUUCUCUAUUUGUAGAGGUCACCUCUGCAAGUAAAGAAUUUACACGAAAGCACCAACAAUCACGAAACCAUAUACCAAAAAUUACAUGGGAUGUGGUUAAAUUUACUAUAAACGAAAGAUGCUACGUGAAUGUAGAUGUUGUUGAUUUGACUAUAUGCAUAGUCAAAUGCAGGAAGUAUAAAAUACUAUGAACAUAGUAAAAUUUACUGCAAAUGUAAAAAAACUAAUAUGGUAAAAACGACUGCUUAUGCGUUCAAAAUAAUACCUUCAUAUUGUCUGCUGAAAAUUGUGGGUAGGUUGCGCUUAAUUUAACCCCCUAAAAUGGUAAUUUCAACCGCAUCGUUUUUUU